UAGAUACUAUACAUAUUUUACCUCAUUCACAUCUUCACUAGUCAUAUUAACAAGUCUUAAUUUCGUUUCUCUCAUAUGGCACACCAUACCAUGGAGGAGGACUUGAACAUAGCACCACCACCACAGGCACAGAACCUUACAUCUUCAAUGGUGACAAAAAAGUGGCCAUUUCUGGUGACAAAAGGUCGUUUCCAAUUGCUUAGGAAUUUCAGAGCAAAUUUGCAAAAGGUCAUUUUUGGUACUAAGCUUGCAGUGCUUUUUCCGGCUGUCCCUUUAGCUGUUGUGGCAGAUUUUUAUAGCCUCGGAAGGCCUUGGAUUUUUGCUUUGAGCUUACUUGGACUCACCCCGCUAGCUGAACGUGUCAGCUUCCUUACUGAGCAAAUUGCGUAUUACACUGGCCCCACAGUUGGAGGGCUUCUGAAUGCAACGUGUGGUAAUGCAACCGAGAUGAUCAUUUCUUUGUUAGCACUUUACCAAAACAAAGUAAAUGUUGUGAAGUUCUCCCUGCUGGGUUCUAUUCUCUCAAACCUUCUACUAGUUCUUGGAAGUUCACUUCUAUGUGGAGGCUUAGCCAACCUUAGGAAGGAACAAUUAUAUGAUAGGAAACAGGCAGAUGUAAACUCACUGCUUUUGUUGCUGGGGUUGCUGUGCCAUUUGCUGCCACUAAUGUUCAGAUAUGCCUUAGCAGGGGAAUAUGCUUCUAUUGCCACUUCUACUCUUCAAUUGUCAAGAGCAAGCAGCAUUGUUAUGCUUAUUGCAUAUGCUGCAUACAUCUUCUUCCAGUUGAAAACGCAUCGACAAAUUUUUGAUGCACAAGAGGAAGAUGAAAGUGAAGAUGGAGAGAAGGCUGUGAUAGGAUUUUGGAGUGCAUUUACUUGGUUGGUUGGUAUGACACUUAUCAUAUCUCUGCUUUCUGAAUAUAUUGUUGCAACCAUUGAGGCUGCUUCAGAUUCUUGGGGCAUUUCUAUUAGUUUCAUCAGCAUAAUUUUGUUACCAAUUGUGGGGAAUGCUGCAGAACAUGCUGGCUCAAUCAUAUUUGCUUUUAAGAACAAGUUGGACAUAUCAUUGGGUGUUGCUAUGGGAUCUGCAACUCAAAUUUCUAUGUUUGUGGUUCCAUUAAGCGUGGUUGUUGCAUGGACAAUGGGCAUAGAAAUGGACUUGGAUUUCAAGCUCCUUGAAACUGGGUGUCUUGCUUUGACAAUUAUCGUGACAGCAUUCACUUUGCAGGAUGGAACUUCACACUACAUGAAAGGACUGGUUCUUUUCCUUUGUUACAUUAUCAUAUCUGCAUGUUUUUUUGUUCAGAAAACUCCACUAAUCGAUGAUGCAUAGAGUAGGGUCAAAUUCUGAGGUAGACCAUGAAUUGGGAUGGAUGGAGAGCUUCAUCCCCUUUUAUUUUUAGGUGGAAGCGGUGUCUUUGAAACCAAGGCUUGGAGGUCCACCACAAAUUAAGUCACAAAAACCAUAGACUAUAGAUUUUAAUGUUUUCCCUAUAAUAAGGUAUAUACAGUGUGACAUUUUGGGUUAUUUCAAUUCCCUUUUCCUUUUCUUUGCCUUUUCCAUGUUUCUCGCUUACUCCAUAAUCAUAUCAUUUUUCAUUCAAUGUAGAAAAUAGCUAGUAAAUAAAGAAUCUUGCCUUUAUGGAGAAACACUCUUUUAUGUUUUCUC